AUGAAAUCUCCCGGAGUGGUAGUGUGCGCAUCAGAUACUCUCGAAUACAUUCCUGACCCAACAAAAUCGUUUCCAUUAGUUGAUAUAAUCUUAUUUGCUCAUCAUUCAACAAUCACCAUUGCUAAACAGCACGGUGUUUACGUUCUGAAAAACAAUCGCCUGUGGCGUGUGCUUCAGAAACCCAAUGAAGACGAACUACGUGCAAAUGAAGCAUUGUUUCUGAAUGAAACUCAAUCUGAGCAUACCGAUGUGGCAAGCGGUAAACAGUGCGAGAAGCUGAACCGUGAGGAAUUGGCGCUGACAGAUAGUUUCUACAUAAUAUCGAUGAAUAUUGCUGAUAGCCUCAUUAAGCUAUUGCACAAAACGAGUGUAACAAUUGAAUGUGAAACGUGUUGUUACGGAGAUUACUUAAGACCUUUGGGAGAGUCACCAUUGUGGGAUUAUUUGCAAUGUAGUGAUGAACGUUUAGCACUUGCGAGAAAAACAUUCGCUGAUUUAUUCAGAGGUAAGACCACUGAAGUGGUCCAACUGCCGAGGAAUUCAUUCUUCCAUUUUGGUACCAUUCCAGAACUGCUAAACCAUUUCGCUGUCGCAUCAGUGUUCUUGAAUCGGUUUCAGAUAACUGAUCCUCAUAAAUGCCUGUACUCAGUUCUUGAUGGAUCUCAAAUCGAGAUCGGUGAAAAAUCUAUUGUGGAAUUCUGCGAGUUCAACCGCGGAGCCAAAAUCGGUAACAGUUGCCUGAUAAGCUCGUGUUCGAGUGAUCGUUACGUUGUGCUACCAGACGGGAUUUGUCUAACGACUAUAAUUUUGAAUCAGGAUCAGACUCGCUUAUCAUCGGCGAAAAUUCGAUUGUGGAAUUUUGCGAGUUCAAACGCGGAGCCAAAAUCGGUAACAGUUGCCUGA